AUCCAGAUGCCUACUUCCCACUGAAGAAAUACUUGAAAUCUGCAAGUAAACUCCACAUUGUGGUGGAACCAUAGCUUGUCUUUCAUUUGGGGCAGUGAUAGCCCAUGUGCCGUGGACAUGAACGGGGAGCAGCAACUUGACACAGAUGCUGGAUCCGGAGUGGAAGAAGUUGAAUUAAGCUGGGAAGAUUACCUAGAAGAGACAGGUUCUACAGCAGUUCCGUAUGGGUCAUUUAAACAUGUGGACACACGUUUGCAAAAUGGAUUUGCUCCUGGAAUGAAGCUGGAGGUGGCUGUGAAAGCAGAUCCGGAAACCUAUUGGGUCGCUACCAUUAUCACGACCUGCGAGCAGCUGCUGCUUCUGCGCUAUGACGGCUAUGGGGAGGACCGCACUGCCGACUUCUGGUGUGACAUCAGGAAGGCCGGCCUCUACCCCAUUGGGUGGUGUGAGCAGAACAAGAAGAUCCUCGAAGCCCCAGAAGGCAUCAGAAAUAAAGUUUCUGAUUGGGCUGAGUUUCUGCAACAGAGCCUGAGGGGAGCAUGUAGUCCUCCUGUUCCACUACUAGAGGGCCUUCGUAACGGGAGGAAUCCUUUAGAUCUCAUUGCUCCGGGAUCCAGGCUAGAAUGUCAGGCCUUCCAGGACUCUUUAAGCACUUGGAUCGUUACUGUAGUAGAAAAUAUUGGGGGCAGGUUGAAACUACGUUAUGAAGGACUGGAAAGUUCUGACCGUUUGGAACAUUGGUUGUAUUACUUGGACCCGUUUCUUCACCAUGUGGGUUGGGCUGCUCAGCAAGGAUAUGACCUUCAGCCCCCAUUAGCCAUCAGGCAUAUGAAAAAUGAAGCUGAGUGGCAAAAAAUCUUGGCCAAAGUGAGAGAGGAGGAAGAAGAGCCAUUACCAUCAUACUUAUUUAAGGACAAACAAGUGAUUAGCACUCAUUCAUUCUCUGCAAAUAUGAAAUUGGAAGCAGUGGACCCUUUGUCUCCUUUUGGGAUUUCUCCUGCUACAGUUGCUAAGGUUUUUGAUGAGAAAUACUUUCUGGUGGAGAUGGAUGAUUUGCGGCCAGAGAUGCAUGCACGGCGAUCUUUCGUGUGUCAUGUUGACAGUCCUGGAAUUUUCCCUGUGCAGUGGAGUCUCAAGAAUGGUUUACACAUCAGCCCCCCUCCUGGCUAUCCGAGCCAGGACUUUGACUGGGCUGACUACCUCAAAAAGUGUGGUGCUGAAGCUGCUCCACAGAGGUGCUUUCCUCCGUCAGUCUCUGAGCAUGAAUUCAAGGAGAAUAUGAAGCUCGAAGCGGUGAACCCUCUUCUCCCCGAGGAAGUGUGCAUUGCCACCAUCACUACUGUGAGAGGCUCCUACUUGUGGCUCCAGCUUGAAGGUUCUAAGAAGCCCAUACCUGAAUGUAUUGUGAGUGCGGAUUCUAUGGACAUAUUUCCUUUAGGCUGGUGUGAGACCAAUGGUCAUCCCCUCAGUGCUCCUAAACGAACUCGAGUAUACAAACAGAAGAAAAUUGCCGUUGUUCAGCCAGAAAAACAAAUAUCUUCCUCAAGGAUGGUCCACGAAGGUCUGAAGAAUCAGGAACUGAAUUCCACAGACUCAGUCCUGAUUAAUGGAAAGUACUGCUGUCCAAAGAUAUACUUCAACCACCGUUGUUUCUCAGGGCCAUAUCUUAACAAAGGAAGAAUUGCUGAGCUGCCUCAGUGUGUGGGGCCUGGGAACUGUGUUCUGGUCCUUAGAGAGGUCCUCACUUUACUCAUCAAUGCAGCCUAUAAACCUAGCCGUGUCCUUCGGGAGCUACAGCUAGACAAGGAUUCUGUGUGGCAUGGAUGUGGGGAAAUCCUCAAAGCUAAAUACAAAGGAAAGAGUUAUCGUGCUACUGUUGAAAUAGUGAAAACAGCAGAUCGGGUCACUGAAUUCUGCCGGCAAACUUGUAUCAAACUGGAGUGCUGUCCCAAUCUCUUCGGUCCACGGAUGGUUCUGGAUAAGUGUUCUGAGAACUGCUCUGUACUUACAAAGACCAAAUAUACACACUAUUAUGGAAAGAAGAAAAAUAAAAGAAUUGGGAGACCACCAGGUGGGCAUAGUAACUUAGCAUGUGUCCUGAAAAAAGCCAGCAAGAGAAGAAAGAGGCGGAAAAAUGUAUUUGUUCAUAAGAAGAAACGCUCAUCUGCAUCUGUUGAUAAUACACCUGUAGGUUCCCCCCAGGGAAGUGGGGGCGAAGAGGAGGAUGAUCCAGACGAAGGGGAGGAUGACUCUCUAAGUGAGGGCAGCACCUCCGAACAGCCCGAUGAGCUGCAGGAAGAGUCAGAAAUGUCAGAGAAAAAGUCGUGCUCCUCUUCUCCCACCCAAAGUGAGAUAUCCACAUCGCUGCCUCCUGACAGACAAAGGAGGAAGAGGGAGCUCCGCACCUUUUCCUUUUCUGACGAUGAGAAUAAGCCUCCUUCACCAAAGGAAAUAAGGAUCGAAGUCACUGAAAGGCUGCACUUGGACAGUAACCCUCUGAAGUGGAGCGUGGCAGAUGUUGUCCGGUUCAUCAGAUCCACCGACUGUGCCCCCUUAGCACGAAUAUUCUUAGACCAGGAAAUCGAUGGGCAGGCCCUGUUGCUCCUCACCCUGCCCACGGUUCAAGAGUGUAUGGACUUGAAACUGGGCCCUGCCAUCAAACUCUGCCAUCACAUUGAGAGGAUCAAGUUUGCUUUUUACGAGCAAUUUGCCAACUGAGAAGGACAACCAAAGUGAGCUGUAUCUUCGAAGCACAAAUACAGCAAAUCCUUCGCCCAUCCUACCGAGGGAGCUGAGAUAGUCCGGGGGGCCAUGACCUUGCGGGCGUUAGCUCCCUUGCUCUGCACUUUCAGGGAAGGAGGAUCCACACAGAGGAAGAAGAAACUGCACAGAAGUGGCUCUCCUGCCAGUGACCAUGGGGGCAUCUCUUCAGAUUACAAUUUUUUUUAAAAAAAAAUUAAGGUUGUGAAGAAAAGACUCAUAAAAAGUUUCCAGUGUCGUGGCCUGAAAAUGAAGACUUAUCUAGACUUUGGAAAGCACCCUGUUGGGUUUUUUCGUUUGUUCCUUCCCAUUGUAGAUCGAACUUUGUUCUCUGCUUUCUCUUUCUUAGAAAGAGAGGACAUAGCUUUAAGUCAGCUCUGAUUUGGGACUGUGCCUAAGGCAUAUGUCAGUGCUUCUUUGUCAUCAUGUUUUUAAGCUUUUUUAAAUUAAAACAGUUCAUUUUGGGGAUGAUUAUGAGGCUCUAGGGUUUUGAAUGUCUAGUCACACUCGAAAUCAUUUUAAAAUCCAUUUUUAGGAGUUCCUUUGUUUACUACCUCUGUGGAUAAGUGAGCUUCUAGCCACACAGGUGGAUUCUUAGUAUGAUGCCGCUUUUAAGCUCCAU